GUUUGACUCUUGCAGCUUGCCGUAGGAAUUGACUACUCAGAUGCUACAGUGACAGUGAUACAAUGUUGCGCUCCUUGUAACUUCCUCAGUGUUCUAGCUGCAAUGCUGCUGUUACUGGCAUGUAUCUGUUUGUGGGGCUCCUUACAAACUGCUCCUAUUCAGGUCUUUGUGAUCCCACACAGCCAUAUGGAUGUAGGCUGGGUGUAUACAGUACAGGUACAGUCUGUUAAUGUUCUUUGCAUAUGUCUGCAUGAAUGUGUGGUUAAUAAGACUUGUUUUCCAAUCCAUUUAAAUAGACAGCAGUACAGUUGCUGACAGAUUAAGGAGUUGCAUUUGUGUUUUUAUGCUUUUAGUGCUCUAUAAAUGUAUAACCACAUGACAUUUGUCAGGUGAUUUCUAAGGAUGCCAUUUUUAUUGAGGGCACAGAUAGUUUGGUAAGAUAUGGCAUUAUAUAUGGCAGGGGCUGGCUGAGGGUGACAUGACUUUUAGUCAUAUAAUAGUUGGCUGCCAGUAUGGAAGUAUUAAGAAAGAUCGUACAUGCCUCAGAAAAAAAGCACGCUAAAUCACCAAAGCAGAUUAUUACAUUAUAUAUAAUAGUAUAUAUUAUAAUUAUUAGAACACUUAAAAAGCUGAGUUUAGAGAAAUGUCUUUUAUAUAGGCUGAUAUUGUUUUUCAAGAAAUUACAAUAGACCUAAUAGAAAUAGUAAUUACAAGGGAGUUUAUUUGAAAAACAAUGAAUACUUAGGUCAGAGUAAACAACAUUAGUUCAAUCAUUUUUUGAAGCAGCACCUUUUGUUUAAAUUUUACAAUGUUUGCAAUUUAUUACAUUUUACUAUUUAAUUAAUAAAUCCCUAUAUUUCAUAGCAUACGUGAUUUAUUUUUAUCAUGUGCUAGUAGGUUAGAAUUAAAAUCACAGAAUUGGAUGGAUAUUAUCGCAUUACAGAUUAUUUUUUUUCCAUAUGUAUCUAGAUUAGAACUCCAUUUUAGAUAAUAUUGAGUUCCAUUCUUCUGCGUGUGAGAGGUAGUUUAGUGUAAUAUAUUAUGUUACGAGAGUAUGAGACAGUCUGACCAAACAAAUGUGAGAAAGAGAGAGAUUUCUUAUGGAAUAUUAGACAUUAACCAUUUCUAUGACUGUUUGCAUGAAACCAGGAUGCUAUUCUGUUACUAAUGAUCCUUACUUUAAGUAAUAAUACAGAAUAUACAACUUUAACUGCUCCAAUGAUUAAAGGAACACCAUGGUUACCCAGACAACCUCAUUGGGAUGAAGUGGUCUCAGUGCAGUGUCCCUGUCCCCUUAAAGGGACCCUGCAUGUUUUGCAGGCUGCUUUUAAAUAUACCCUCAAUAAAAAUUGCAUAAUUAAGUUCAUGCACGGUUUCAUUUGGGGUAUGUUAUGCAAGCCCCAUUGAUUCAGUGCUUUCCUAUGGGAAAGUCAGAAUGUGCACAUGGGCAUUCGGCCUUCCUCUAUGAGGAGCAUUGGAUUGGGCCAUUGCGGAGGAGACAGGAACUCCUCUGUGAUGUUGGCAGAGGUCAGCGGCGCAGAGGGAUCCUCAGUGCUGGAAUAAGAUAAGUAAAACAUAUUUUUAUUUAUUUUUUUGCUCGGGAGGGGGCUAUUUAGAGCCAGAAAGAGGGACACUAUAGCAUUAGGAAUUUAGAUUUGUAUUCCUAAUGCUAAAGUGCUCCUUUAAGCUCUUUUUAGUCAAUGAUUUCAAACAAUGUACUGGAUAGGUUAAAAGGUGUAAGACCAUUGUUAAUAAACUAAACCUUUGCAUCUAAGGUACAAUUAAGACAAACACUGGCUUAACUCAUGACUUUGGAAUAAUACCUAGGUACUUGUCCAAGAUUUGGUUAUGGCAGUUUUAUGACAUACUGUGACAUGUGAUAUUGUUGAAAAGACAUUCUGUUAGAAUAUUGCUAAGGCUACUCCGAUAUUAUAUGUAACCUGUUGUUAACUAUACUAGCAUAUUCUCAUUCAUUGUCUGUAACUGCCUGUCUGAUUGAAACUAAUAAACAUGACACUGAGAAGAAAACUUGUUUGGUCUGACUCUCUCCUAUUCUCGUAACAUAGUAUGCUAGAGUCUAGACUACAUUUAGUUCUACAAAAAGUAGGCUAAAUAGUUGCUAUGGACAUAAAUAUUGCAGGUUAAUGCCUUAACCAUUCCAUUUACCUGUUUAUUGAAUAGACCACAAAGCUAACAUUAUCAAUUACUGGCUAGUGAUAAUGGGAGUUCUAAUUAAAGAACUGCUGGUAAUUUACCAUUAUGCCUCAAAAUAGAAAAAUAUUUUUCUAUGAUAAAUCCUUUUAAAGAACUGGUGGUUGUUAGAACAUUCUAACAUUCUAAAAGUCUGCAGUAAACAGUGUGAUAUUUUAGCAUUUUUUUCUCUUCUUAACCUACGCUAUUUGUCUUUCCAGGAAAGUAUGCAUGCGUACGCUGCCAAUGUCUACAGGACUGUUGUGGAAGAAUUAACGAAGGGCAAACAUCGGAAGUUUAUUGUAGUUGAACAGGAAUUUUUCCGCCUUUGGUGGGACACCGUGGCAGAUGACUUACAAAAGCAGCAGGUAAGAGAAUGCUUUGCUUGCAGAAGUUCCGUUUUCGGGGCAAACCAUAUAGAGACUUGUCAAAUGGACUAGAAAAAAAACACAUCAACACUAAAUUUGCCAAAAAAUAUCAACCCUCACAAGGGAUCUAGUCCUGAGGUAAGCAAAAAAAACCUUUGGCACUCCAGAUGUUGUGGAAUACAUAUCACAUAAUGCUCUUACAGUCAUAUGCUCUCAAAACAUCUGGAGUGCAGCAGUGUUAAUUUUGUCCACUAACAAUUUUAGCCAAAUUUUAGUCUACUAAAAUGUUUGAGAUUUAGUCGACUAAAACUAAAACAAUUCAGAUGACUAAAAUACGACUAAAACUAAAAUGGCAUUUUAGUCAAAGGACUAUGACUAAAACAAAAUGGAGAUUCGCUGCCAAAAUUAACACUGCACAGAUGGGUUGUGGAAGGUGCAAAAGAGACAGAUCAAGGCUUGGGAGAGAGACACCUAGAGGGGCUAAGGGGACACAAAGAGACACAGAGGGGCUGGGGAAGGGUCAAAAGCGACACAUACAGGCUUUAACUAAACACAGCGGAUAUUUAGUCUACUUAAACAAUUCAGAUUACUAAAAUAUGAUUAAAACUAAAAUGGCUUUUUAGUCAAAAGACUAUGACUAAAACUAAAUUGAAAUUUGCUGCCAAAAUUAACACUGGAGUGCAGAAGAUUGUCUAACUCUGAUCUAAUCUUUCUAGCUAGUGGUUCAUUUGGAUGUGCAUAAAGCUAUCCUGAAUAACAGAUAAGGAAUUUCAGUCUGACACAGCAUACAUAUUGUGACAAACCCCUCUUUCCAAGUGAGUUUGCCACGAGCAUCUGGAGGAGCCUGCUUGCCAGCCUCCUGCCCACAGACUAUGGACCCUGUAAAAUGUAAUGGGAAAAGUCUGUUUGUGUAUUUGGACUAUAUGGUUUGGGCACCGAACAGCCUCACGGACCGGAAACCACCCUGGAGCUCGUUAAGCCUAAUUGCUACUUUGUAGCAAUUUCAACUGCAGCGUUUUAAGUAUUUGUUUGGGUGGCCGCAUUUCAUAUGGAUGACCAUGAGGUGGUGGCCAUCUUGUUCGCAUGAACGCAGGCAGCAGUGUUUAGUCGUCGAGUUCAUGGAACUAUUUUUGGACACUGAAACUCACGAACACCGUUGGACUUCCAUCAUCGCCUGUGUUCGGUUCUACAACACUUAGAAAGACACUGUCCAGCUUGUACUCCCAGAACUAUGUGUCGUCUAGUUACUGGGAGGGUAAAGGGCUAUUCUUUAAUAACUGUUCCAGUCUGGAGGAUUCAACAGGGAAAGUCCUUGUAAGAACUAGAGCUCCCAUGACUGAGUGUCGUCCAGUGCCUGGGGGUGUCUAGAGUGAAUUCCCCAUUCAGCUCCAGGAGGGAGCGGUUCCAGGACCCCACUCAAGCCAAGGUGACUGUGGGCAGAAGUGCUGCGGUGUGUCCCCUGUUCUAGCUAGGAAGCAGUCCUUGGUGGAGGUACCCAGCCAGGGGUACAGGGAGCUCCAUCACACAUUUACACAAACACCAACCCAAAAUCUCACCCUUCGUGUCAGUUGUGGAAUAAAAAUUAUUAUGUAAAGCUUUGCCCAAGGGUUAUCCCAGCACAUGUCUCCUCAUGCAAUAUCCCAAAUAUCAAAAAAAGAAAGGAAUUCAGCUGACUGAUCUACAAAAUAAAUUGCAAUAACAUUGGGUAAUACAGUUAAAAAUUAAAACACUGCGCAGCUCACAGGAUAGAUGACAACAAAAUUGCCUAUGGGUGCCUCUCCUUAGGUUGUUUGGAAGGCUAGCCAACGAUAUCCUCCUGCUUCUGUUCCUAGAAUGGACUCUACAUCAAAGUAGAUUUUCUUGGACUCAGGAAAGGUAUCAAAAGGAAUGCUUUAUUAAAUAUGAAUAAAAAAACAGGUCUUACAUGUUUCAUCCCCACAUGAGAUUUCCUCAGGGACCAAACAAAUAAAAUAAUAUGAAUAUUAUUUUAGAAAAUCUUUUUUGAUGUGGAGUCCAUUCAAGGAACAGAAGCAGGAGGAUAUUGUUGGUUAGCCCCCCAAACAAUCUUAGGGGAGGCACCCAAAGGCGAUUUUGUUAUCAUCUAUCCUGUGAGUGUAUUCCAGCUGCACAGUGUUUUAAUUUAUUUUUACUGUAUUAAACUAUGUUAUUGCUAUUUUUUUUGUGGAUCAGUCAGCUGAAUUCCCUUCUUUUUUUUUUAUUUUUUUUAUUUUUUUUUUUUUUUAUACUGCGACGUGCUAUACAGACUAGAUGGAUCCUUUCGUCUUUCAAUUUUCAUCAUUUUUUUAAUUCCAUAACUUAUUUCUCCCUUUAUCAUGCAUGUAAUGGUAAGUAAACAAAAAAAAAACCUUACAGUACUUGGUGACUAUCCAUGUAUUGUGGUAACAAAAAGCUACUUUUCCAAUAAGUUUUUUUAUUUUAUUUUAUUUUUUUCUACCAAUACUAGUAUAUCAUGCAGUGGUCAAUUUGUGUUGUGUGUCUGUGUAUGAAUGUAGGGGUGUAUUUGUGUGGUUUGUAAGUGUGUGAAUGCAGGGCUAUAUUUGAGCAAUGUGUAAGUGUGUGAAUGCAGAGGUAUAUGUGCACAGUGUUCUAGCAUGUGAAUGUAGGGAACUAUUUGCACAAUGUGUGAAUGCAGAUGUGUAAAUGCAGGAAUGUAUUUGUGAGUAGUGAUGUCCCGAACGGUUCACCACGGACUCCUCAUUGAGUAAACUUUGACCCUGUACCUCACAGUCAGCAGACACAUUCCAGCCAAUCAGCAGCAGACCCUCCCUCCCAGACCCUCCCACCUCUUGGACAGCAUCCAGUUUACAUUCAUUGUGAAGCUGCAUUCUUAGUGAGCUGUCCAGGAGGUGGGAGGGUCUGGGAGGGAGGGUCUGCUGCUGAUUGGCUGGAGUGUGUCUGCUGACUGUGAGGUACAGGGUCAAAGUUUACUCGAUGAUGAGUCCGUGGCGAACCGUUGGCGAACCGUUCGGGACAUCACUAUUUGUGAGGUGUGGCUGUGUGCGAAUGUGGGAGUGUAUUUGUGUGGAGCGCCAGUGUGAAUGCAGAAGUAUAUUUUUGUGGAAUGCCAGUGUGUGUUACUCCCCACUUAUAUACAAUACAAAUGAACUAUUAGAGUCUUACCGUCUAACUCUGAGUAUAUUUGAUUUCUAUUGUAUUGUUUGCCAGGUCCAUCACUUGGUGGAUGAAGAGAGAUUGCAGUUUAUUAUCGGAGGACAAGUAAUGCAUGAUGAAGCAGUCACUGCGAUAGAUGAUCAAAUUUUGCAACUAACAGGUACAGAUUUGUGCCCUGAGUUAAGAAAGUUGUCUUAUUUGCUGUUAUAAAUUAAAUGACAAUGUGUCAGUGGCAUAACACUGUUAUUCUGAUUCUUCUGCAGAAGGUCAUGGCUUCCUUUAUGAAACCUUUGGAGUGAGACCUCGUUUUUCCUGGCAUGUGGAUCCUUUUGGUGCCUCAGCUACCUCACCAACCCUGUUUGCCAUGGCUGGAUUUAAUGCCCAUCUCAUCUCUCGCAUUGACUUUGAUCUAAAAGCAAAUAUGCAGAACAACAAGGUAAGACUACAAACAUUCUAAUAUACUACGCAGAGUGACUGCUAAUCCCCAUUUUGGUUGUUACGCCGCCCCACCCCUCUGCCAGCCAGCCAUGCAUUUUGCAGCUUUAUUUUGCCAAUAGCUGCCCCCCAUCUCCCCAACCUCUAUGUUUUUCAGGAGCAGAGGGCAAUGGAGGUAUGACUAAAAGGAAAGGUCUAGUGUUUAACCCAACAUAGUGUGGUAGGAGCAAGUUGUCAAAUUAGAAUGUUAUUGAAUGAUUAAUAAUGCUGUCCAACUUUAGUGUAACUCUGCUCUCAACCCUGUUGAUCCUCCAUAGUCAAUAUAUUGUAGAAUAUUCAGGUCCAAGGAAGUUAUAGAUAAAUCAAAAUUUUGGACCUAUUUUCUCUUUAAAACCAUACAGAACUUGAUUUUUUUUUUGCAUAUUUUAUUAAGAUGAAGUACAAAACUUCAAUAGGAUUUGCACAGGUAUUUUAUAUUUUGGCUUUAUUUAUUUUUUUAUUGCUUGUUGGCCACUUUAAUUAAAUGGUUAAAUAACAGUGUUUUAAUAAAACACAUAUUUUGGUUGGAGCAUCCCUUGCUGGCAUGCUCCCCAAGGAUAAACGUAACAAUGAUCCUGCACCUAGACCAAGUUUUUCCUGUAAUCCGAUCCUUCUGUGAUGUCACUCCCCCUUACUGCGGAGGAGGCGUGUCCUGGAGUAUAGGCUGUAGAGAAGUCUUGGACGGCACAAAGAGCAGGGUUGUGCCGCCAUUGGCCGCCUGUCACAAGCAUGCCAUACAUGCCGACGACAGACGCUAAAUAUGCAAAUAUUUAUUUCUAACUAGCUGAAAUACUGCACAUACAGACUUCAAGCAUCAUGACUACAGUCAUGUUGUUCCUUACUGUCUCUCUUUAAUGCUUAAAGGACCACUAUAGUCACCCAGACCACUUCAGCUGGGUGCCAGAAACUGCUAUGUUUACAUUGCAGGGUUACUCCAGCCUCUAGUGGCUGUCUUCCUGUUUUCCCAGUGCUGGUUUGAACCCCUUCAGCCCAGAGGGAGGGGGAGACCUAAGGAUUAUAUAGCGUCAGGAAAACGAGUUUCAUUUCCUGACACUAUAGUGAUCCUUUAAUUCAAUAUUUUAUCCUUUUACUAAUAGAUGUGACUUGUUGUGAUUGCUGUUCUUGACGGAUUUGCAUUUUGAAACUUUUUCCCCUGUUUCUUUUGUGCCAUAGAAGCUACAGUUUAUAUGGAGAGGGUCCCCUUCAUUAUCAGACAAGCAAGAAAUCUUUACGCAUGUUAUGGACCAGUAUAGUUAUUGCACCCCCUCGUAUCUGCCAUUUUCUAACAGGUAAACUCACUCCCGGAGAACAAAAAUGCGAAAUAACUGGCGUAUUCUAAUGCAAACAUUCUGCCUUCUGUCAUAUCUGAUAUAUUGUAAAUAAUGAGCUAAACUGUAAUUUAUAUUUGGGGAUAUUUCAGAACUUGAUUAAAACCAUGUAAAUAACAGAGUACAGAUCGCAAAUAAUAAUACACAAUGGGGUGUAUCCACCGAGCCAGGAAUUCUGAAAAGCAUUUAUUUUCUUUAUUUAAACCUAAACUGUAUUAUGGAAUAAUUACGUUGGAAACAUGUGACUAUCUCAGUUGUUACACAUCCUUCAGGUGUUGUGAAUGUGUGAAUGCACUAUUUGAUUUCAAUAAUUUGACAGAUUAUUUAGCCUGAGACAGUCUAGACACUAACUUAAUUUUUUACAGGUCACUACAGAUCAGUGAUAAUGGGCACGGUGUUAAGAGUCUGAGUACCUUCCUCCUUUUUUAAAUUUUGUAAAAAUUUUUUUGGGGGGGAUUGUUUGUUUGUUAAACUGUUUAAGAGUGGGUUGGCAAAAAGAUAGGACAGUCCUCAACACCCCCAAAAAAAUCCACAUUUAAAACUGUAAAACUACACAGAAAAUGUGGUAUUUGCACCUCCACUUUAUCAAUUGUAUCUAACUUUGAUGGUAGUGCUAGGCCGAGAGAGCUAACCCACCUCCAGUACUACAGUAAUGUGGAAAUGUAAAUUCUGCAUAUUCAAGUCAGCUGAAGAGGGAAGAGUCCUUUCCAUCUGACUUUAAAUAAAUUUAACGAAUAAAAUAGAUGAUGGUUCCCAUAGACAUGAUAUGUAGUGGUUAUGGUGCUUAGAGUUUCCGUUUAACAUAUCAUCCUGAGCUAUCCACUAAAAAUGUGUAUAAAGGAAAGCAUUCUGGAAAAGAUGGAAUUAACCCUGAAAUACUACUAAAUAAUAAUAAUAAUAAUAAUAAUAAUAAGAAGAAGAAUAAUAAUAAUGCAAUAAAAAGGUUAACAGAUUUAUUAUUGCACUUUUAUUAACUUUUUUUUUUUUUUUUUACAAAACCCUUAGAAACCAUAAUAUUUGUUUUCCUUUAUAUAUUUACACUUUUUUUCCCCCCCCGUACACUAGAUCAGGAUUUUACUGGAAUGGAGUUGCGCUUUUCCCUGACCCACCAAUAGAUGGCAUUUAUCCAAACAUGAGUCUUCCAGUAACAGUGGACAAUAUUAAACUGUAUGCAGAAACGAUGGUGGAGAACAUUAAACAGCGAGCAGCGUGGUUUAGAACCAAUGAUGUUCUAUGGCCAUGGGUGAGCAAGCUCUUCUGGAUAAUCGUCUAGUAAAUCUCUAAGCAGAGGGGAUGUGUAAAGAGUUGUUGUAGAGCAAACAGUGGGGGAAUUCCACUGAUUUCAAUGGUGACUGCAACAUGUAUAGAACAUAUCAUUGGAGUCCCUUGUUUCUACUCAACUGUAAAAAAAAAAAAAAAAAUACAGCUAUAACCUACACUAUCAACUCCUCAAAUUGUAUCAAACUGCUUCACCCCAUCUGUAAAAAAAAAAAAUCUAAAUAAUAAAAUGAAUAAGCAAGUGAAUUGCUAAGGCUAAACUAGCAUGGAGUAAAAGAGCCAUCUCUCUUUGGUGCCUCAAUAUAUCGUCUACCCUAUCCAUCACAUGGACAUUAACUGGUGUCUCCUCCACCGGCUCCUCCACAUUUUCUCUGUUUCCUUAGAUAUUAUGUAUCCUAUGAUUACAAGCAGGCCGAUAUCUCACAUGUCAACACAAUUAAGCACAUUGGUCAGCUCCCGUGUAUAUAUAUCCUUAGGGCACAUAAAUGUUGACACAUUCUUUUGGUUUCCAUGGUCAUUUCUCGUUAUUAUUAAUAUUCUAAUUGUUAUAACGUGUGUGCGCUUUGAUAAAUAUGGGUCAUAUAGGGCACACAGUUAACCCAAUUAUUUACACCGGCAGAGCUUUGUCCUUACUAAAUCAUGUCAGGCAGUUAUAUUUUAAUAUUUAGGUUCCUGUACAACGAAUCUGAAUUAGAGCUUUGUUGCAUCAAUCACUUAAGAUCAGUGUUUUUUUUUUUUUUUUUGUGUACAAAUAAAUCUCCACUACCUUCACUGAUACUCUUGGUUAUGCUUUAUAGGGAUGCGACAAACAGUUCUUCAAUUCCUCGGUUCAGUUUGGAAAUAUGGACCUAUUACUGGACUAUAUUAAUCGCCACAAUGAGUUUGGAGUGACUGUGCAGUAUGCUACUCUUGGAGAGUACUUUAGUAGCAUCCAUGAUAGAAAUCUUACGUGGGAUGUGCAAGAUAACCAAGACUUCCUUCCAUAUUCUUCUGGUAGGUUGGUUUAAAUUUUUCAGGAGACUAGAUAAUUUAAAAAUGGCACUGUUAUUUUGUAGGUUUUUUUUUUUCUAGUAGGUUUUUAGUUAUAAGGCAUACAGUGCCCUCCACUAAUAUUGGCACCCUUGGUAAAUAUGAGCCAAAAAGGCUGUGAAAAAAUUUAUUUAUUGUUUAACCUUUUAAUCUUUGAUUACUCAAAAAUACUCUGCUCUCAUGGAUAUCAAACAUUUGCCCACAGGUUAAUUUAAAAAAAAAUAUUUGAUAAAUGUAUGUGUGCUACAAUUAUUGGCACCCAUUUAGUCAAUACUUUGUGCUACCUCCCUUUGCUCUGAGUCUUCUCCUAUAAUACUUAAUGAGCUUGGAAAAUACAUGACAAGGGAUCUGAGGCCAUUGCUCCAACAUAAUCUCUCCAGAUCGUUUACAUUUCGAGGUCGAUGCUGGUGGACUCUCCUAUUCAGUUCACCCAACAGGUUUUUUUUAAUGGGGUUCAAGUCAGGAGACUAGAAUGGCAAUGGAUGUCACCUUGAUUUUGUGGUCAGUAAACCAUUUUUGUGUUGUUUUGGAUCAUUGUCCUGCUAGAAGAUCCAACCACAGCCCGUUUGAAGCUUUCUGGCAGUGGCAGUCGUGUGUUCAUUUAAUAUAUUAUGAUUUUGGAUAGAUGCGAGAUAUACUAACAAAAUAUCCAGGUCCUCUUGCAGAAAACUGCUCCAAAACAUUAAAUAGCCACCAUCAUAUCCGGUUUACUAAAAAUGUUAACUAUCAAUGGGAAUAUACUUUAGAUAUAUUUUUCUCAUGAAUUCUUAGGGACGACCAUAACUGUGCCACACCUGUAUUUAAGAAAGAUAUUUUUGUUUCUUUCUUUUUGGCAAAAGGUUAAACAAUACAGACACUUUUUUUUUUUCUUUGCUCCUAUUCACCAAGGUUGCCAGUAUUAAUGGUGAGUACUGUAAAACUCAUACAAACUUGUGCACAGUCUACACCACAGCAAACAGAACACGCGUCUACACUCGAAUACAGAUACCAGGUAAAGGUGGUCAGAAUAAAACCCCAAUCUUUGAAAUUUCAAAUGAUACACAGUACCUGUUAUUAGUUUUUUAGUUAUACAUAAGGGAAAGUAGAAACCACUUUUUUUUUUCCAUUGGGAGUGGGUUCUUUUUACCUUUGCAAUUUUUUGCAGUAGUCGGCGAGUAAAAUGUACCCAGAAUCCAUUAGUGAAAAUAAUCCCACAAAAGUAAAAAAAAUUGCAGACAUUAUGGACAGAGUAGAACAUAAUGGCCGUACCUGUAUGACGGGAUCCAGUGCAGAUAAGAAAAGAUAAUAAAAAUGGAAAAACAACUGGCGGGUGGAUAGAAGGGGUGUAAAAAAAGGAAAAUUUAAAGAAAAAAAUGGACACAUGACAUUCCACAUUAAAGAGACUGCCAACUACCUACAUUACUAUACUACUAUAUAUUUGGAUAGUGGACAGGCUCAUUUUAAAAUGCCAACUUCAAGAUCGCCGGUUGAUACAAUACUCACUUUAGGCUUACUUUGCACUUUCUAUAUCUUUUCAUGUAUCCAAUUGUACUUGUUAUUAUGAUAACAAAUAUAUAACGCACAGACUCUGUAACUUAAGACUAUUACCAUGUAAACAUGGCUUCUUAAACUAAAGUUCUAUCUGUUAUUUGAAAUUACUAACCCUGCUGGAAGUGUGCAUCUGAAAUGUUUUUCAUUUUCUCGCCUUUAUUUUGCCUUUCCACAGACACAUACCAAGCAUGGACUGGGUUUUAUACAUCUCGCAACGUAUUAAAAGGAGUAGCACGAAGGGCAAGUUCGUUGCUGAAUGCAGGGGAGUCUGCAUUCACACUGUAUCUUUUAAAGUAUCCUUCAGGUUCUGUGAGUAAAAUCUGGGCACUGAUGCAACUGCAAGAUCUCCGGUGGGCUGUCUCAGAGGUAAGUGCUCUUUGCAAAUAAUUUUUUCUUUGAUCCUUUGUAAACUUUACAUAAUGUUGAACUAUUGUUUAUUGAUUUUUUUUAUUUAUUUUUUUACAAAUAAGUUUAUUUUCUACAGAAUCUUAAGUGUUUUGUAGAUGCAAAAGUGACAUAGAGAGUCCCUCCAGUUUCAAGGAGGUAAACAAUACAUUUAGAUGUCAUUGCAUGCCGGUAUGCUAUUCUUAAAAGGACACUGUAGGCGUUGUAACAGCUUCAUCUCAUUGAAGUGGUUAUAAAGUCUGAAGUCCCCUGGCAUUGUCUUUCCAUUCCACAGUAAACUGUUUUUGAUGUAAAAGUGAUUCCCAGCAGCUCAUCCGCUGUGUUUUUUGGGAGAUAAUGAGGGAACAUUGGCCUGAGCCGCAAUGGUGCCCUUCUUUGCCCUGCUUAGCUGACUCCUUUCAGCCCAUCCCAACAACCAUUUUUCCUAUGGACAUGAGACAUGCUUUAGUCAUAUCUCCAGUAGGUGCUGGCCUCUGCAUGACCAUCAACUUUAUUUAGUGUUAAACUGCUCGAAAAUGGUUUAAAUGGAGAGGUGGUGCCAGGGGACUCCAGUAUUUCAGCCAAAUCAACGAAAUGUAAUGAUUAUAAGGCCUACAGUGUUCGUUUAAUUACUUGCAGGGUGAACCCACAACUAUGUAUUUGCCCUCUUGUGACAUUAUUAUUAUUAUUAUUAUUAUUAUUAUUGUUAUUAUUUUAUUUGUUUCAUUCAUAAAAACAUGAAUUGAAGAACACUGUAGAUUAAUAGAAUUAACACAUUGUGACAGAACAUCUGUAACCUUACAUAAACAGCUCUCUUCAUAGAUUUUAUGAAUUAAGCGAAUUGUGACUAGGUCUAUUGUAUGCAGGACAGCUGAGCAACAACUUGUUCAGUCAGUCUACCACAUUAGCAAUCUUAUUGGAGCUUUUAUACUCACUUUUGUUUCUAAAGUUGCAGGAUAUAUGAUAGUCUGUUAAAAUGCAUAAUUAAUUCAUAUGAGGGAAAAAUAUGGUCAUGCUCCUAUUUUUAUUUGGGAAGGAAACAACAGUCACAUAAAAACAAGUAGAUAGUAAUUAAUAUGUGUAGCACAGAUGUUGCAUUAUAGGAGAUCAUACUACACCAAGGAGUAUGUUAACCGCUUUGCAAGAUUGAUAGUAAUUCUGCACAUGAUGGGUUCAGUAUAAUUAGGACACCAGAAUAUUUGAGUGAGAUAACAACACAUAUAUGUAUGGAUUGUGCAAGAAAGAUUAAUAAACAUCAUAUAGAUUCACAGUUUUAAACACUAGAGGAAUAAAAAUAUAUAAUUUUUUUUUUUUAAAGUGAUGUAGCUAUGAAAAUAUUGUGUUUUCCCAAAUGCCAAGCAUGUAAAUAUAAAUAAAUGCUGGAGUGAGUUAUAUGCAUAUGGGUGCAUGUAAAAUAAAUAUUUCUUUUUCUGAAGGUCCAGCAUCAUGAUGGGAUCACAGGCACGGAGUCCCCAAAGGUUAGGGACAUGUAUAUGGAAAACCUUUUUCGAGGGAUGGUGGGAGUAAGAAAGCUGAUUGGAGCAAUAGUUAUGGACCAGUUCAGCUCAGAAAAAUACAGUAACAUCAAUGGUAUUCAUCAACACAAAUCUCUAUCAGUAGAAAUGUAUCUUUUUUUUUUUACCUUAUCUGCAUAUACAUUUGUAAAACGUAUCUGAAAAGUGCAAGAACCACAGCUAUGCAACAUUUAAAUAAAGUAAAGGAUUAAUCCAAACAUCGUAAGCACUACAGCCGCUGUGGUCACUAUGACUCCAGUGAUGCCCUGGCCCCGAUUACUAGUAAUAGGGCAAAUAGUUUUACAGCGGUUUAGCCUCUUAACUGGGUCCCAUCCAAUACAAAAGCUGGAAGUCAAUCAUUGGCAGAGAGCAUCAGAUGAACAUGCCCAGUCAAGGAAUUUCAUUCUGUGCUUAGAAAUCUGUACACAAUUGAACUGAGUGACACCCCAAAGACGCUGCUAGAGGUGGAUUUACACCUGCAGCAGCAAACAGGAUAAACUUUGUAUGAUAAGUGUUUCAAAGGGAAACGCUGCACAUACAGACUCCAGGAGCCAUGACCACAUCAAAUCACUGAAGGGAGUGGACAAGGUGCAUGGGGUAACCCUUCAAAUAGUCCAAGACAGUUGAUCAGCAGAACAAAUUUGAUUUGAGAAUAAAUUAAUAAGCGUUAUAACUGAUAUGUUGAUAUUUAGAAGGUUUUUUUUACAUUUGCAGUAGUUACAAUUCUAUUCCUUAUUUUUAUUCUUCAAAGAUGCAAUAAACAUUACGGUGUACAACCCAUUGGCAUGGAACAUUUCAACUUUUGUAACUGUGCCGGUGAACGCCUCGGUAGUCGGUGUGUAUGAUGAGUUUGGACAGCCCGUACCAGCACAGGUAACUUGCCGCCUUCACUGCAGUAUGCAUCUGUAUGAUGUCUUUCUUGUUUGCUUUAUUUAUGAGAAAUAUUAAAUGAUUAUCAAAAGAGAAAAGAAAGGUUAAGGUCAGCUGGAAUUAUUAGCCUGAUGACCUGACAAUCAAGGGAAAUGUUUAUGAAAAUGUUUGCAUUGACAAAUUACAGGCCCAGCAGUGUUAAAUUAAACUCUGUAUCACUAUGUUUGGUGGACACAGACAGAGAAUGAUCACUUAUUAGCAAACUGCCAAGUCAGAAACCCUGCACAUAGUCCAGGAUUUCUUCUGCUGGUUCAGACAGAACUUACCAUAAUAUGAUUAUCUUGAUAAAGAUACAAUGCACCAUGUGAGUAAUCCCAAAAUAAUUUUGGCUCACAGGAUAGAUUUUUCUACAAUGCAAUUAUACAUUAUAUGGGUAAUGCAUUAAAAAGUACUACAGCAAACUACUAGUUUGUUUUGAUUUUUUUUAAAAAAAAUCUGUUUUUGGUGGUUUUCUUUUUCACUCGUAUAUCAUAAUGGUUCCAUACAUAUAAUCUGGGCCCCAAAGUGGGUCCCUUUGCAAUUUUAGUGGGCUACCCCUCAUUGGAACAGUUAGUAAUAAUCACUAGUGCCUAAUCUGAAUGUGUUGGAGGACUUGCUGUUGCAGGUGAUAUUUGUCUGUCCUUUGUAGUCUCUGUGGUGCUGGAAUUUUUUUUUAUUUUUUUUUAUUGGCUGUUCGAAGUAUAGAACUGGAUGGACAAAACGUGGGCACUCAAUUGUUGUAACAUCAAUCAAAUAAGUUUUUUUUGUUUUGUUUUUUAAAUCUGGGUUGGUGCUUUUGGCCACCACUGCUGUAGAGGAUAUACUCUUUUUUUUUUUGGUGUUAAUUUAAACAGCAAGAUGUGACUUAGCACAUUUAGUUACUUAAAAUUGCAGCAGGAAAUUAAUUGGCCUACACUGGUCUGAGGUAGAAAUACAUUAACGUACACAAUUGCUAAUUCUGCUGUGUUUUCCGAGACAAAUUCAUGUUUUUAUUCUGUGAGAAAUUGCCUCUUAGAUUGAAUAUGAUGUUCCUUUUAAACAUAAAUGUGUUUUUUAGAAAAUAAAAGCUGUGAUGAUUCAUCCUAUCGCCAUGUUACAUUGGUGCAUUUUGAUCUAAAGUUUGAAUUUUUCGUAUUUGCUUUCCAUACUUUCAUAUUUAGUGAACGAACAUGUUAAUGUAAAAGGCAUGAAUGCCGCAUUUGGUCACAUUUACAAAGUUUAAUUAUAGACUUCUCCUAUUUAACUCCAGAUCCAAAAUUCCACUGAAUCAAUCUAUGCUUUUGAUCUGCACAUACUAGUUACUCUCGGUGGCCUCAGUUAUCGGAAAUAUUGUAUAUAUUUUGGAAGUGCCAAUUCUGAGAAGAACACCAUUGUUGAUGGAAGACUGAUAAAAUUUCCCAGGAAACAAAUUAACAACAGAUCUAAAAACAACAAAGGCCAAGUGAAACCUGUAAUGAAUGAAUGUUACAUUGUGUGGAUUGACCAAGCCACAAAUUUAAUUGAUGCUAUAACAGACAGGUACAUUGAAUUCUUCCCUAGAUUUAUAAAACCAUAAAUACACUUGACAUCUGUAUAUUAAAAAAAUAAGUAUAAUUCUGCAAGCACGAUGAAGAUAUGAAAUUUGAUUCUCUAUCAUUUAAGAUCAAGUUGUAUUCUCAUGAAUAGUACCCAUUAACUGUCAAAUUGAUUAAUACAGAUUAUUCCUUUAAAACAAACCCUGUCUUUAGAAUUUUAAAAGUGCACCAGCACAAAAGUUAGAAAUACUUUUCUGAUAGCCGAGUCUAUAAUUAUUGGUCUAAGAUGACCCAAGAACCCAUCAGACCCAUUGACAAUUUGCAAUUGUAGUUGUGGUAUUUUCAAAACAAGCUUCUGGGCUGGUGCUCAGUGUCAAAUGUCAAGCCAUUGAACACAUAUUAAAAAGUUCAACCUGGCCACACGUUACUCAUGGAAACUUUAUUUAUUUUGUUUUAAUGCUAGUUAUUAUCAUAUCGUCAUAAACUUGAGUUAAAAUUUUGGCGAGCGCCAUAAACUUGAAUUCAUCAUUUUGAUUAUGGUAUUGCUUAUGUCAAAUCAGAAUUGUUUAAACUCUUAUCUUAUUGUUGUCAUUUUGACCAUAGUUUUGGUCAAAUUAUCAUUUUGACCCUUCUCAUCAUUACGUUAAACUUACAUUAAAGCUUAGGGUUAGCUUUAGGCUUAUGGGUAUGAGUUAUUGCUCGCAUUAUGUUUCUUUGAUUUAUUAAGAAACAAAAAUUAUAAAAUCUUUGUGCAAUCAUUACACAAUCUAAAAUUUCUCAAAGGAGAUUCCUCUAUUAACCGCAUAGUUAAUAAAAUAGAGUGAUCCAAAUCCAGAUGAAAUUCGCCUUCUUAUGAAUCCAUUAAAAUACAAAAAUAAUAGGAAUUGCACCACAGCUGUGACAAACAACCCCUCACCUCCUCACGAGUAUCGUGUGGAAUGACCAUAUUUAAUCUAAGGAGGCCAACUCCCAUCCUCAACUACGGAGGCAUUUUGCUCCUCAUCCAAAAUCAAAGCUAGUGCCUUGCAUCUCUGCCUUCCUGGCAAAAGCAGUUAGGGUCUCGCUUGUCACGGGAAAUCUCGGUUGCAUACUUUCCUAACUCAUAGAGCCUCUCAUCGCCACUUGGCUUAAUUGUUUUGCUGCUUGGCAUAACACUGGAUAGCCCAUACCUGGAUGUUGUACAGUUGUUUUCACUAACUAUUUUCUGUUUCAGUUAUGGUUAUACAUUUUUCUACAUUCCGCACUGGGUUUCAAUAUAAUUUUUGCCCAAUUUUACCAAUUAAUUAUAUCUUAAGUUCAUGAUUUAUCUUCCUAAAACCUGGGAAGUUUGGUAAUACGUAACAGUUGCUGUAUCAGUCAAGGUACAAGUAAGCCCAAUUAUAAGGAGGGAGGGCUUUGUUAAUUAUGUAGUUAAGUGUUUAGGUAAUUUUAUUAUAUUGCCCACUUUUUUCAGGCCUGCUUGUUUGAUGACAUAUCACAACCGACUUGACGCUACUGGUAUAGCUCAAACAUUAUUCUAUACGGCGCUGUAUUUGCGUGAGGCUGACAAGACAUUUGCUUUGGGCAUAACUUUCAGGGGGUGGCAAAAAUGGCCCCUCUUUUUUUUCAGGCCGACCCAUUCAUCUGUUUAAGAACACCUCAACCUACUUGCUCUAGAAUGACAGUUGUCAUUUGUCUUUUAUGGGACCAGGUUAAGCAGGUCAUUUAGUGCCUGUAAGGGCAAUCAGCAGUAACAAGAAGCUGAUAGGUUCAGGAAAAUAGUAAGCACUGCACAUAAGAAUCAAUGUAAAGGGUUAUGUUAUUAAUAUUAUUUUAAACAGGUGAUGAUUAAAAAAAAAAAAGCUUUCAGACACUUUUGACUGUUUGUUUGCAUUAGGUUUUUUAAUUUCAAGCUCACCUUGGAAAAGACAUAUAGAACACGCUCUUGUGGAACAGUCGUUGGUAUAAUGAAAAUGCUAUAACUUACUUGAACUUCUUAUUUACUCCUGUUCAGAGAGCGAAAUCACACUGUCCGAAUGACCCAAGAAUUUCUAGAGUACCAUGCUAAUGGAAAUGUCGACGUGGGGCCUAUUUCAGACAACUACUUAUUCGCUUCAAGUGAACAUGCUGUCCCUGUUGCAAACGCUGUUGGGCUAGAAAUUGUGUUUGGGAAGUUGGUUACGGAAAUUAGGCAGUAUUUUUACAGGUAAUGCUCUUUCUGACCUUAAGAUUGUAACCAUGAUUUCAGUAAUGGAAAUACCUUUUUCUAAAUAUUUUAUCAAUGAUACCAAUCCUUCCUGUAUCUGAAUGCAUAUCUGUUUGUAUUUACAUUUAUAACGAGCCAUGCAGUAUCUACUUUCAAUGGAACCCUUAACAAACCUUGCUUGGUACCCCUAUACAUCUGUUCGCACCAUUGCUAACAGUGUCAAAGUAAAAUGAACUAAUUAAUAUAUAACAUUGAUAUGUUGUUGUAUCAGUUUUCUCCUGCCACGAAUACUAGAACUAUUUCUGGUUAGAUUCAACUUCUGCCACAAUCUUUCACCCUGACAUAGGUAUGCUGCCAGUUUGUCUGAAAUAUACAAUGUAUUUUAGAAUUCCUUGACUCCUUCAAUAAUCUGUGUCUAAGUGUGGCAUUGAAUACCAUAAACAUUGAAGUCCAUAAACAGAAGAAAGAUGUUAGUUUGGGAUUUAUGGAUGGAAAGAACACUAAACAGUGCUACAACUGUCAGUUCAGUUAUUUAGGAAAGGGCUUACAUCUGUACUGAAUGAAUUUGUGUGUCAAAUUUCAUUUGUAGACGAUAAUGAUUAAAUAUAAACAAUGUAAUGCAAUAUUUUUAUCUUAUUUCUAGUCGUUUCAGAAUGUUUAUUUUUUUUGUAGAAUUCAUUUUUUUAGAUUCUCGGGGGGAGGACCAAAAUUGUUGCUAGACUUUAAUUUUCAGAAUUUCAUAUUUUGCUGUUAUAGAUUUUGAAAUGAUGGUUUAAUUAUAUGAAACAGAUUCAGUCUUUCAAUGGUCCUUUUUUUAUCUUUUUCUUUGUGUCACCUUAGCAACCUCGAUGCAGAAGGUUACCGUUAUGCAAUAUUUUCAAGGCUCUACAAUGUCCCAGACGGUUAUGACAAGAUGCCACUCUGUCGACGUAUUGAGCAGCAAUACCGAGUUGGGCCUUUGCAGAUUAAUCGGGAGUCAAUUUUAAGAACAAGCACAGAUAUGGAAACAAACAAGAGAAUUUUCACGGACAACAAUGGAUAUCAAAUGCAAAUGAGGGAGUUUAAAACCUAUUCUGACAACUCCGUACCUAGGGUAGGAAAUAUAUAAACUAUUUGAUGCCUGCUAGUCACCUUGCCACUACUCAGGGAAGCUCUCAGAAAAGAGGGUAAAAAAGAAAUACAGAGAGAUGUUGGUGUAAAAGAAUGAAUGUACCUUCUAAAGACUGAUGUAUGGGAGGCUUGGGUUUGUGAGUAAGUCUGCAAUUAAAAUGAUAUGACUUUGGCCACUGGUGGGGUUCACUAUGACAACCUCUCUUUGCAAGCCCAGAAAAAAAUAUUUGUUAGCAUCUGCAAUACAAAUACAAUAUGGUAAAAAAAAUAUUAAUAUGCAGAUCACAAUUUUCAGAACUCCAUAUUAAAAACCACCAUUGACGGUGUGACUUGUAAAUCGUCGUUCACCAACAGUACAUAUGUGUUCCAGACUGCCUGAGAUUGGUAGGAGUGAUAUGCCUAUGAGGAUGGCUUUUGAUUAUUUGCAGUUCUUCAUUCCUGCCUAUCUGCAGCUGUUGUCAUGAUUCUGUUGCUGUUCUCUUACUAAUAUACCGGGUGAGGUGCUGGGGAGAGAGCACACACAGGCUCACUCUGCUCCAGCUUAUUGAAAGGCAUGUAGGCAAGUGAAGAGCGACAACUGUAGUCAAGCUGCGUCUAUUACAGAAUUGCAGCCUUGAAAGGAACCCAGGCAACUGUGGGUGUGCAGCUAUGGAACAAAACCUAUAUUUAAAAAAAAAAAAAAAAAAAAGUUUUUAAAGACACUUAAGAUUAACGUAAUAUGAAAGAUACCUGACAUUGAUGUGUUAGUGGAAAAUAUUGCCUCUUUCAGAAACCCUCAGUGUCAUUAUUAGUGUUGUCUUUGUAUAUUUUCUGUUUCUCUGUGUUUUUGUAAAACAUUCAGGACACAAUUAUCUGCAAUGUUCCCCUGUCUAUGUCUCUAUGUUCAGCUAUUUGCAAGUCUGAAAAAGCUCAUUAUCUGGUUGAAGCAAACAUUUUUUUUAAUUUUGUUUCACAGCACAACAUAUAGACCUGGACUAACAUGGCAUAUGACUUGGAGGAACAUUUUAAGCUUUAGAAAUACAAACCUGUGUUAUUAAUGCUAUAGUGUGCCCUGUCCCUAACUUAUUAGGUCCCCCACCUCUCCUUGUGAAAGUGUUAAAAAAAAAAAAAAAACUUUUAAGACUUGCCUCUUUCAUGCGCUGAGGUUCCCUCAGCACUGACUAGGUCUCCUGAGGCAAUCUAAUGUGCAUGCGCAGAGCUUGCUGCACACACAUUGCAGCUUCCCCAUAGGAAAGCAUUGAAUUAGUACUUUCUUAUGGGGAAUUUGAAGAUGGUAGACAUCAUCAUGCAAAGUGUCAAGCAAGCACAGGAAGUACCUUUUGUGGCUAUUUGAAGACAGCCUUGAGAAUUUGUCUCAACAUGUAAACAUUGCAGUUUCUCUGAAAGGGAACACUGCACCCAGACUACUUCAAUUAGAUGAAGUGGUCUGGGUGCCUAUAGUGUCCCUGUAAUGAUGUUUUAAAAAAAAUACAGCACAGGUGACUACUUGAAAUGUACAAUGUAUUUUUAUUAGUAUAUGCAAAAUGCAAUAUAUAAAUCUUUGUUUUAUCAUAGAAUUAUUAUCCAAUGGUCCGUUCAGCAUAUGUAGAAGAUAACAGUACUCGACUCGUAUUUCUAGCUGAAAGAGCGCAUGGAGUUGCCAGUUUGGACAGUGGUCAAGUAGAGGUAUUUAAGCAAGCUGUUAAAAUAUUUGUGCAACCUGGUGGCUAUUUAUUUAUUUAUAAAAUUUUUACCGUGAAGGAUACAUUGAGAUUUCUCUAAUUUUCAAGUAUGUCCUGGGCAAUGUAAAAUCUACAAUUUAUUUGUUUUUCUUAUUUUAAUUUCCAUAAUAUAACAGAACAGCCAGAAUGCACCAUGUAAACCGUUUUAUCUUUGCGUGGGCACUUAAUUGCAGAGGGAAUGCUGAAGCAUGCUCUUAUAUGACUUUUCUGUGGCAUGAAUGUGCCCGGAGUAUAUGUUGAGGAGAUGAUUGUGAUCAGGACACACAAAUGUUGCAGAGAUUUAUUCCUUCUGAUGUGCUACUCAUCCCAGUAAGCACGUUGGUUGCAUUAUUGGGUUGAGGAAAUAAGUUAUAAUUCUGCUUUAAUAAAUAAAAUAGAAAAAUCUUAAGAAAGAAAUAGGUGCCCAGGAGCUAAAAUGUAACAGAGUAUCUAUGUACCCUGAUACACUGGAGUGAUUUCAUCACACGGAGGUCUAUUGCUAUUAAUUCUCAUACAUGAAGUGUUAACACAAAUUUCUUUAAAAAUAGCUCAUGAAAAAACUUUUGAAUUUUGACAAUUUGACAUUUUCUUUUCAUGCUCCAAUUAAAAAGCUUUUCAGCUGUUAACAAUGCUGUUUCCCCAUUGAAUCAUUCAUUCUCUCAUUGAUUAUGGCUUUGUAUUUCCAUUAAUGUCUUAGAUCAUGCUACACAGAAGGCUAUGGAAUAAUUUGGAAUGGGACCUUAAUUACAAUCUUACUUUAAACGACACCUCUGUAGUUCAUCCAACUGUCUGGCUGAUGAUGGGGAGCAAGGCUGAGAUGGGUUCAUUGUAUCAGAGAGUUGGCCUGGCUCUGGAACGUAAACCACUGGUGAUAUAUAGCCCAUUAAUAGGUAAUAUUUUAUAUCAAUCUUACGGUUUAAUGUAAGCUAUCGGUAAAACUCCCUGAACUGGGAAUUGUCAGGAACUAGCCAGAGAGUUGCAAACUUAAGUAAACAAAAUAUCCAAACUGGAAAAAAAUUCCAACUUGCCAAUUUUUCCAGCUUGGCUUUUUGGGAUCUGUCAAAAGUUGAAGUUUCCUAGUCAAGAUCAAGCUAUGGGGUUAAUUAGACUGUGUGCAAUACAAUGGUGGUAAGGCAUUCGAGGUCUAUAUGUUGCCACUGAUGUAUAGAAUGUAAUCUCUGCUAUCCUCCAAUAGACUGCCCACAAGACCAUUCUAGAAUUGAAAGGAACACUCCAAUCACCUAUAGCAUUUAAGCUUGCUGAAGUGCUUUAUGUGUAAAGAGUGUGUCCUCUUUAUUAAAUUUCAUGAAAAGUGCAGAGUUCAAUAGACAAUGGCACUAUUAGACAUUUGCUGUCAAUCAGCUUUUCUGUACAGCUUAGUGGGGCUAAACUCAGGAAGCAGGCUAUUGCCCAGAGCAACCACCUUGCAAAGACUUCUCAUUGAGCUACAUUGGGAAGUCUUUUAUUGGACAGCCACAGAAAGUCUGGGAUGGGGAAGAAGGAAAGGGCUCGCAAGGCUUCAGACUAGUGAUCUUUUGCAAGUUGUUUUUAGAUAUAACCACAACGAAUAAAUACAUAACUAAAUCCAUGCAUGUUUUUAUUGGUGGUAUAUCUACUGAAUAUCUACUAAAUGGUGUUUUUUGGUGGAGGGGAGGGCAGUGGAGUGUGACUUUAAGUUGAUUGCUUGUGUGGACCAUGUUUUUGUAUUUGACAGGAAGCGAACCAUCAGACAGGUUCAACAGUACCUCUGAAGAUUCAAUCAAUUUACCUCCUAAUCUUCAUCUUCAGCUUCUGAGUAUCCCAGGCUGGAAAUACUCCUCAAAUCACACAGAACACAUUGAGAAUGUACAGAAAGGUUAGAAUAACAUGGCACAUUUCUUUUUCAAUACUAAAUUCAUAUCUACCUAUAACCGGAAAACUUCAUCAUAGUAUAAAAAGUGUGAGUAUUGUAGAUGUGUUGGUUGUUUAAAUUAAUUUAUUUCAAGACAGAAAAGGAACUGGUGACUUCAUACAGUGGUAUUCAGCACGAACCCUAUUAAGUUAUCAGACGACAAAGCAAGGUGGGCAUGAGAAUUGACAAAGUUCUGUAACUUGAAAUGUUGCUGCUUACACUAUAGCCUCUUACGUAAAAAUCGGGCUGUGCAAAUGAACACUUGCACACCAUUUGCACCAUAUGCUUUGUUACACAGCAUAUUGUGUUCUUUACUAAAGGGACCCUAUUAAAGUGAUCUGGGUGCAGUGCUGCUGUCCCUUUAACCCAGCAAUGUAAAACAUUGCAGUAUUAGAGAAGGGAGGGACCUCGGCGCUAGAAACAGGUAAAUGGUGGGGGGACCUAAAUAAAUAGAAAGACACUACAGCAUUAUGAAUACAGUUUUGAAUUCCUUAUACUAUAUUUUUCCUUAAAGACACAGAACAGUGUACGUAUGUGUGUGUGUGUAUAUAUAUAGUGUCAUAUGUUAAAGGGACACUCCAGGCACCCAGACCACUUCUGCCCAUUGGAAUGGUCUGGGUGCCAACUCCCACUACUCUUAACCCUGAAAGUGUAAUUAUUGCAGGUUUUAAUAAACUGCAAUAAUUACCUUGCAGGUCUCCCCGGCCGGUGGGCAGGAUCAGUCUCACCCACCGGCGGACGCAAUGCAGAGGAGGAGCGCCGGCGGAGGAGGAAGCAGCGACGAUGGACAUCGUCGCUGCGCCCCCCCCCCCCCAAUCCCCUUCAGCCACCAGUGAUUGGGGGGUGGGAGGGGACCUGCAGUCUGGAGUUUCCCUUUAAUAAAAAGGGCAGCAAUUGUAAUUUCUCAAAAAAAAAAAAAAAAAAUGGAACCACUUGACCUUCUUUUUAAAGCACGUCUUGCACCAGCUUCCCAAAUUUUUUCCUGAUGAAUGCAUAGUUCAUUCCUAGUGAACAGUUUUAGUGCAGCAGUCCGUUACGUAUUUACUUAAAUAAUCAAAACAGGAAGUCACAUAUAAUUUCGUAUUAUAACUGUGCUAUUAACUCAUUCUGUGAGUCUUGCUUUUCUUUUUGUAAGAUCAUAUUCCUGACUAAGAAAUUGAACAAUUACACUGCUGCGCUUUCUACCUACACCUCACAUUAUCUAUUCUAAAGUUCCAUUGUGUUCUUUAGAAAUAUUUUUCAUGCAUUACUAUUCAAGAUCAGUCCAUUGUCCCACUGGUCCACAGGUUCUUUUGCUAGCCUUUGUAUUGUGGGGUGGACUUGUACUGAGAUCUGGCUUCCCCUGAUCGAAUCUCCUCAUGAGCGGAAAGGCUCUUGCUACUUGCUAGCUGGUUUAUUUGUUACUGAUUUGGUUUCAGUUCUGCCUUGGCUUUCCUUGUCUAUAGAUGCCUGCCUAUAGACCUGAACUAGUCUAAAACCAUCUCAUCUGUGUGUCUUUUAUUCUUGACUUAGCUUGCUUAUCCAUUAUCAAGUAUUCCAGGUGUCUGAGAACAUGACUUACACCUGACUACACUCAGUUCUUUUCAGCUCUUCAAAUGAUUUGCUUCUAAUUUGUCCAUUCCAAUUGCCUUCUUAUUGCAUUUUCUAGUUUAAGCUCUGUUAGUCUUUAUAGAGCUUACUUUUUUUUUUAAUUCCUUAGCUGACCUUCAGUAUGCCUGAAGAAUUAACAUUAGCCCAAGCAGUGCUAAAAUGCAGUCUGCCAUCAUUGCAAUCCUGACAACUAUACAAUGUGACCACUCACUAAAUAUUCUUUGAAAGUAGAUUUGAUAGCCUGGCUUUUGAAAGAUGGUGAUCUAUGUCUAGAGACAGACCCCAAAUGCUUUGCUUCUGGUGUCUUAUAGAAAUUAAGACAUUAUGUGCAAUUUAAAAAAAAAAAAAAAAUUCUAUCCCUACUUCUGAAGUUUGUGAAUUAUCAGAAUCAUUCCAUCAUUCCUUAGAAAUAAAUAAAAUGCUACUCUGAAAAUGUGGUGAUCAUUUGAUUUGGUUGAGCGAAUUAAUGGCUCUAAUUAGAAGCUGUUGAUGAUUUUGAGAGAGACGUAGACGUAUUAAUAGGAACGACUUGCUGUUAUCAGUAAUUCAUCCAAUGAUAGUCAUCAUUGAUGGUAUAAUUAAUUUACAACUAGAUUCUACGAGUCUACAAGUCAUAAAUGUAACUCCUUGUAAGUGAAUAAAAAACCUUCCAUGGAUAUCUAUGGGAUACUCUAUUAGCUACAAAUGUGCUUAUCUCUUUUAAAGAGAAUCUAGCCAUUAACAUUGGAUUCUAGUUCAUCUUCGACAUCACUAGGAGGCCUGACGUUUGCAUAUAGCAAUAUAUAAUGUAUAUUGCGAGCUUAAUAAUCUAGGUGUAUGUGAGAAGGCGUAGAAAAGCAAAGCUAGCAUAUGUUGGACAUAUGUUGAAAAGAAUGUGUUCUGUAACAGACUGUAUGUAAGAGUAGCAGCAGUGCCAAGAAGUACUGUCAGAGCUCAGAUGAAAAGAACUCUACUCCAUUCAGUAACACAGCCGUGGGUGAAGUUAGGAAGCUUUAUUUCAGUUCCACUAUACAACCUAUUAGGGCUUUGUAGAACUGAAACUUGACCAUGCUAAUGUCAUUUGUUUGACAUUAUCUAUUUAUGUAUUAAUGACCUCUCAGUUUAUGCUUUUUCUUCCAAAUAUUUGUAUCUUAGGUAAGAGAGAUACAGCUGAUCCUGAUUUCCACCGUGUGCUUUUACGGCUACAACAUCUGUAUGAAUCCGAUGAAGAUCCGGUCCUUUCCAAGCCUGUGUCUGUAAACCUACAAGUAUGUACAGUUUAUUGUAUGACUGUGUGUGUGUAUAUAUAAUAUUACAUUUGUAUUUAUAUACUACCAACAUACACCUAUCAGCUACAAAAUUAAAACCACUGACAGGUGAGGUGAAUAACACUGAAGAUUAAUUUUACAACAACGCCUGUCAAGGGGUGGGAUAUAUUGGGCAGUAAGUGAACAGUCAGUUCUUCAAUUUCAUGUGUUGGAAGCAGGAAAAAUAUGCAAAUUAAAAGAUCUGAGUGACUUUGACAGUGGGCAAAUAUUUAUAGCUUAACGACUGGGUCAGAGCAUCUCCAAAAUGGCAAGUAAGGUGGGGUGUUGUUUACCUUUGGGAAGAGAUGGCAGCAAUAUGCACUAUGGGUAGAAGGCAGGCUGGCAGAGGCAGUGUUAUGCUCUGGACGAUUUUCUGCUGGGAAACUAUGGCUUCUGUUAUUUUGUCAUUUACCACCUACCUGGAGAUUGUUGCAGAUUAUGUACACCUCUGUAUGGCAAUGGUGUUCCCUGAUGGCAGUGGCCUCUUACAUCAGGAUAAUGCACCAAGCCACACUGCAAAAAUUGUUCAGGAGUGGUUUGAAGAUCAUUACAAACCGUUCAAGGUGUUGCAUUGGCUUCCAAAUUUUCCAGAUCUCAAGUCGAUUCAGCGUCUGUGGGAUGUGCUCGAACAACAAACCUUAUCCAUGGAGGCCUCUCCUCACAACUUGCAGGACUUAAAGUAUCUUCUGCUAAUGUAUUGGUGCAAGAUACCACAGAAGUCAUGUGUAGUCCGUGCCUCGAUGCAUCAGAGCUAUUUUGAUAGGAACGAGGGGGACCUAUGUGAUUUUAGGAAAGUGGUUUUAAUGUUGUGGCUGAUCAGAAUAAAUGCCUUGGGUAACUCCACCUAAUACCACCUUUGAAAUGUGAUGGCGGAUUUUUAAGAAAACUAUAUAUUUUAUGCAAACGUCAAUAAAUACUUCUGUGUUUUGUUUUUUUCAUUUAAAGAUUUAUUUUUUUCUUCAUAGUCUCUACUUAAAGGAUUGGGUAAAGUGGUGCUAGUAGAGGAACGGUCUCUCACCGGAACCUGGGAUUUAAGUACCCUGAAGCGGUGGAAAUGGAAAUCCAAACAACGAAGAAAUAAACGUAAGCUAAAAGGGAGAAAUGUAGUUAUCACCAAAUAUAAUAAAUUUAAACACAUAAAUAAUAUAAGCAUAUAGAUUGAUUGACUGAAUGUGGAAAUGUGCUAUCUAAUUUUCUAGCUCUCUCCAUAGAAACAAAUGCUUGUUCUUGCUGAUUGCUCCACAUUUAGCAUUGUCUUUGUUCUUAUGAAGCAUAAAAUUGUGAAAAUAUUAGUAACGGACACAAACUGACACAAAAUGUUUUAUAUUUUUGAUGACUUAAUGGAAAAUAAUGUAACAAAUCAGCAGAAAAUACAAAUAGGAUAUUGUCUUGUAUAGAAAACAGUAGUGAUAUUAAUAUUUAUCUUUACCGUUCUGUGUUGUUAUACACUUGACUGAGACCAUGCAUAGCUCUGGCUUUCAGAGCACUGCAUGCUAGCUAUAUAUGUUAAAUAUGAGGCUUAUGUCUACAGCUAGAUAAGAGAAAAUAUUGCUUUUCAUUGGCCUAAACCACAGAAACAGAUAUUUGUGCCUCCUUUCAUAACUGUAACUUGUGGCUUUUUCACCAAGUCACCAUGUGAUACACGCUAUUUUGCUUGAAAAACAAAUACUAAUGUAUAACAUUAGAAUGUUCACUAUGCUGCUAUUCACACGUUCUAUGUGUUUGCGUGUUUAUUUCACAGAUGAUCUCCCUUAUGGCAAUAGGACCGUCAACUUUACCAUCAAUAUUCAGCCCAAAGAGAUAAAAACUCUAUUUGUUUAUUUUGAAACAGUGUCGAAGAAAACUUAACUGGUUUCCGGAUAUAAAUUUAAGAUGUUUUUUUUUUUCCAUCUGGAAGAUUAUAUUUUGUCAGCACUGUAUGGUGACUGUAACACAGUAGCUGCAUGGAUAUAUUCUAGGAAAUGUACAACCAGAAACGCAUGCGCCAUACUGGUGUAAAGAAGCCAAAGAACCACAUACAGUGGUCAACACUAUGCACGUUAUCGAAUUCAUGCAGCAUUAACAAACCGGGUUAAACAUCGUGGCUGUCAGUGGAACAUUAUAUAAGAAUAUACUCAUGUGUAUAUAUUGACCAUGAUGAUAACAAACCUGUGGAAAACAGGCCAAAUUAUUCUAAUAUUUUUAGAAGGAAAUAUAAUUUUUUACAGAUGUAUACACUAAUAUCAAAAUCUAUGAAAAAGCUUAAAUAGCUUAUUUUGGUGUAAAAUUGUAUGGGAAGCAGUGUAAUAUGUUUUAUAUAAUAUAAUAGUGCAAUAUCAUACCUCAUUGGAGAGCAGUAAGGCAUCACUGUUUAUCAGGCAUCACAUAUAUCAGUGUUUACAUAAGGGAUUUGGAAAUUGCGAUUUUUGAAUUAAAUGUUGCUCUCUACUUGUUAGUUUAUUGGCUGUGCUUUCUGGGCGUUUAAUCUUGACAAUUAUUGGUACCAAAAAUACCAAUUGAACCAAAAAUUGAACCAAAAAUUGUUUGAAGUGGAUAGGUUUAUCAUGCUGCACAAAACAAAAUGACUCUUAAUUUGACGGUACAUGUUCUGAAUUUUAAACUUGUACAUUAAUAAACUAUUUUACUUUUCUACUCAUUUUGUACUCUUCACUGGGAAUCAACGCCUACAGCAUUAGAUGGUGAUUUAUACUUUUGUUACUAAUAGAGAAGUAAAGUUGGAACCCAACAGAAUGUUCCUGCCUGGCAAAAGAGCUGAUGGUAAAAUAUUUAGUGAUAAUAUCUGCUGAUCAGUGUAGGACCCACAGGUGUACUUCAAGUAUAAAACUUUAAAACCCAAAUCUCUUCAUCUUAAUUAAAUUAAAUUAUUUUAUUUUGUUGCAUAUAUGCUGUCCCUGCAACCUUGCGUUUGUACUGUGUGGGUUCUGAGAAGUGGCAAGGUUUCCAUUUUGCAGUUUUCACACCUGCUUCUGGCUGUCAGACUGUCUUAUCUAUUCUAAAAAUUUCAUAAGGAUUCCACUGACGUGGACAUGGGCUAUUACCUGCAAAAUAACAUGCCCAGUCUCCAGUCUGAUAUGGGGGAUUGGAAUUGGGGUUUUUCGGUAUCUAUAGGCUUGGAGACUACUAGCCAGUGGAGUGGGAAGUUAAGCAUUUUGGAUGUGGUUACUGGGAAUGCUCUUGUCCUAUUUAGUUGUAGUGAGUGGAGG